AUGGUCGGCUCCUACAUAGAGCACCGUGAGGAGGUGAAAAUGAUACGGACAAUCACUAUAGUGCUUCGUAGUGAAAAUGCAGAGUAUCACUGCUUGUUGUGCUGCAACGGACAGAACAUGUCUGUACCCGCUACAUACGACAUUCAGUCUGACCACUUUGGGUUUGAAUACGGCACAGCUGAUAUCACCUGCCAAGAGAGAUUUUUCUACAGUGCUGCAAAAAAAUGCACCAAUUCUACUCAAUUCCGAUUACUCCUGAAUUUCUUGUUGAUAUUUCACAGGGCAGUGAUUUCAAAGCUGUUCAUUUUUCCAAGGAUCCUCUUAUUCCCGCUCAUCCUUAUUGUGCCCAUAUUCCUUACUGGAGUAAUUAUCUUCAAGAAUUAUAAACCUAUUGUUACUUACCCUGACUGGAGAUGGAGGCUGAUGGCAUGUAACGUGCCAGUACAAAAUGAUCCGAUCAUUAAAGUCAACAAUCUUAAAACAUAUAUGGUCGGCUCCUACAUAGAGCACCGUCAGGAGGUGAAAAUGAUACGUACAAUUGCUAUAGUACUUCGCAAUGAAAACACAGAGUAUCACUGCUUGCUGUGCUGCAACGGUAAACAUGUGUCCGUAUCUGCGAAUUACAGCAUUCACUCUGAUCACUUUGGGUUUGAAUAUGGCACGGCUGAUAUCACCUGCCAAGUACCGGAAACAUGUACAACACCAACACAUGUGGCUAUAACUUCACAAUCACCUAAAAAGGAUGGAUCUUCUCAAGACACUCACGCAUUCCAACCUGUUAGGAAUCAGCAGAAACAGGAGGUCUUUCCUUAUGAGUUUACAGUUUGCAUUUCUACCAUGUUUGAUUAUGCAAAUGUGCUGGAGCUUGUGCAGGCCAUGGAGAUGUUCAAGAUACUCGGUGUCCAGAAGGUAGCUAUUUACAAAACUAGCUGCCAUCCUUUUACACAGAAGGUCCUGGAUUACUACAUCAGGCAGAACUUUGUGGAGAUCAUCCCCUGGCAGGUAGCGUCCUACAUUAAUGUGUCCAGAGGCUGGAAUAAGACGCUGUCAUCAGGAGAGCUGCAUUACUUCGGGCAAAUUGCGGCGCUCAAUGAUUGUGUGUAUCGUUACAUGUACCAGAGUCACUAUGUAGCUCUGCAAGACUUGGAUGAAUUCAUUCUGCCUAUUAACCUCACAACCUGGUCAGAACUCCUGCCUGAAUUGGAGAGGAAAUACAAUCAGGAGGUGGGCUUUGAAUUUGAGGCAUAUUAUUUCCCCCUUUCCAUCGCUGAUUUGAAGCCAGAGUAUUCACCAGACUCCUGGAAGACGGUUAUGGGAGUUAACGUCUUAGAACAUGUCUAUAGGUUAAGCAACGACCCCAAAGAGUUCAAUAGUUUUAAAGUGAUAGUAAAUCCUCGCUUAGUCUUUUGUACUACAGUGCAUGGAUUUCUACAGUCUGUGAAUGAUAGUGUCAGGGUGGAUCAUGAGAUCGCCCACAUUUAUCACAUCAGAAACGUGUCGAGCGAAAACUUGUUAACAUAUUCCAUCAUGCGAGACACACGUCUCAGGGACUAUGCAGACAGGCUGAUCCCUGCUGUUUCGGAAGUGCUUCAGCAAGCCCUGGACGUUCACUGAAGUCUAUGUAUGAUUAAUCAGACAAGUUAUAUUUGUAUUUAACCUAUUUGCUUAUGGUACAGCGCUGUACACUUCUCGAUUCUGGUUGGUCUAAAGGUGUUGAAUCAUUUUCUUCAACAGUAGUUCUGAUUCCUAGGCAAAAAGUUUAUAUCAAUGUUCUCAAUCAGAUACUUUGUAGUUUCUAUAGUAACUAUAAAAUAUCCACCCUACAAGUCUUUGUGUUAAUUCACAGGGGCUUGUAUGGUGGAUACUCCACCUAAUUUAAGAUGGAUUAAAAAAAACAUGUUAUUUAACAAAGAAAAACAUCCCUGUCGAUAUGAAGUUUUCUCUAAGGAGGAUAGAGUCUCUGGUGGCAGUGCUUUGUCUUUAUGACAGGACUUUAGCUUUCUGGUUUUUCAGUAACACGACCAACUGGUUUUUUUUUUGCCUUAUUAACUUAAGGAGAGAGAAAAAGAGAGAAUGUUGAGGGAAAACCUGUUUACAGUGUAAGUGAUAUCAGGAAUUAACUUCAUGGAUGUGUUGUUUAUUUAAUAAAAAGUUUGUAAUCGCUGUGGUAUGCGAGGAAUAAAACACCUCUGGAUGUGCUGUGAUUGGAAAAUAAUCACGUUUGGAUUGUAACAGUAACUAUGCUUCAUGUCAGGCUGCAUUACACAAGUGUUUUAUUCCAUACAUUUUUUUUUCACAGAACCUCAACUAUCAGUUAAUACUGAAACAAAUCCUAAAAUCUAAACUUUGUAUUAGCCUGAGCAAAACAGAAUGUAAUGCUUCAUUUGACCUUCCCAAUCUCGUUCUCAAUGCCAGCUGUGAAUUGGACACAAUAGGUAAUAUAUUUUGGAGAAAGGAUCUUUUGUAAUAUGUAUCUGAAAGCAAUAGACUUGGCAUGAAAUGUCAUGUUUUGAUCAGUUGAGCAAAUCUUAUGACUGAAGUCAAGAUUGAGGCACAUCAGUGGUGGAUAUACUAGCAAAUUGUUCAUGAAAAUCUGAGAAAAAUGUAAAUGGAAGAAGACAUUCCAGUGAUCUUGUAUCACUUCGCCAUAUGUGCACAUGUUCCUUUAACAUUGCAACACUAAACCGGCUCCACAUUUGGUAUCUAAAUAUUGCUUAUUUAGUUUGCCACUCUAGCUAUUUGCAUCAUGCAAAUAGGAAACUUGAGCCACUGUGUACAAUUCAAACUUCAUGUGAAAAUCAUGGCUCUUGUCAACCAGCAUCAGGGUGUUCAGGUUUUUCUUAAACAAAUGUUGUUCAUAGUGUAUGAACUAUAUGUCUGUAAAAAUGAACAUUGCAGGGCUGAAAACUGAAUCCAGCAUCCAGAUUGAUACCAAAUCAUUUAAUUUGAAUUAUAUUGUUGAAUUAUAUGUCAGAGAAUUUUCCAGAGAUUAACUGUAUAUAUUAUAUCUAUCUAUGUAUAUAUGCACUCACCAUACUUAACACAGAAUGGUGUCAAAAACAAAAACCAAAAAGGUUUGGUGGGUGGAAACACGUUGUUGAGGAGAGAGGUCAGAGGAAAAUGGCCAGACUGGUUCCAGCUGACAGAAAGGCUAAGGUAACUCAAAUGAUCACUCUUUACAGUUGUGGUGAGCAGAAAAUCAUUUUAGAAUGCACAAUACAUGGAACAUUGAGGCAGAUGGGCUACAACAACAGAAGAUCAUAGCAGGUUCCGCUCCUGUCAACCAAGAACAGAAAGCCUAGGCUACAGUGAGAACAGAAUCACCGAAGUGGACAGUUGAAGAUUGGAAAAAAAAAUUGUGUGGUCUUUUCCCAAUCUUUUGGCAGUUUCUGUGUGUGAACUUCCUAUCAGCAUGAACCAGUCCGGCCACUGUCCUCUAACCUUUCUCAUCAACAAGCUAUUUCUGACUGUGGAACUGUCGCUCAGUAGAUUGUUUUUUCCCCCACUACUCUGUGUAAACUCUAUAGACUAUUAUGCAUGGAAAUCCACGGAGACCAGCAGUUUCUGAAAUACUCAGACCAGCCCGUCUAGCACCAACCAUGCUACAGUAAAAAAAAAAAAAAUCACUGAGAUCACAUUUUUCUCCAUUCUGAUGGUUGAUGUUAACAUGAACUGAAGUUCUUGACCUGUAUUUGCAUGAUUUUAUGCAUUGCACUGUACAGUAAAACUUCACUAGCUAGCUAUUUACAUGGGUAAUUUUCCUCACAUCCUCUAAUUAAAUGUAUCUUUGAGCAUGUUUCUGUCCUUUUAAUAGAAAUGAUAACAAUUUGAGGUUCUGGUGAGAAAAGUAGGAAAUUCUUAAAUGCUUUGAAUAUCUAUUCCUA